AUGGUUCAUAUAUUUGAUAUUCCGCGCGAGGUGCGGGAUCUGAUUUAUCUUCAAUGCGUUUUGUCUGAGGGCGGCUACAUCUUGGACUUCAACAGCAACAGGCUGAGAUGUGCAGACGGCAAGCGCAUUGACCUGGCGUUCAUGCUCACUUGCAAGAAGAUUGCAAGCGAAACCAGGGGACUGGCACUUUCAUCGAACAUUCUGAACUUCGUAGCAGUCUGCCCCAGUGAGAAGGAGCAUCGUGCGGUAGCUGGUCGCUUCGGUCUAGCCCUGACAACGCUCAGUCAGAGGCGAAGCCACAAGCUGCACCAGAUCUACCCGGAUACUCUGAACAUCCCCGAUGACAUAUGGAGGGAUAUCUCGGAAAUCGAACCGAAGCUAGCCCCAUACGUCGAACUCCUUCAGCGCAGGCCCAAUGGCUGGCGCGUUAUGGAUGGCGCAAGCCACAUGAUGCCAACUAUCAUUGAGAGACCAGAGAUUGGCUGGCCUGGAACCUGUGGAGAGACGCCGUCCGUCUUCCGCAAAUUUGCUCGUUCUGCGCUACAAGUACUUUUGGCGAAUAAGGAUCGAUUCGAACCGGAAGAGUUCCUUCAAUUUGAAAGGGGGAUGCUCCGCUGGCAUGAGACCGAGCAUGCAGGCAUCGUCGGCGUCAACCCUGAUGCAUGGGAGAUCCCGACAACACAAAGUCUUGACCGGGACUCUCGGCUAAGCAUACGAAAAAUCAUUCUCAACGAAGAUCGAGCAGCUGUUGCAUUCCCGGAAGCGCACGGCCUAGGUCUUAUUCCAUACUGCCAGGAAAACCCGCGCCUUCGCGUGGAACGCCGCGUCAGUAUGUGGAAGACAGUCUUCCAGACUCAGUUCGAUGGUCGUAACAUUCACGUGAGGCCGUACGACUCCAACGAUGGCCUUUGGGCGGACUCGGUGUCUCGUCCUGUGGCACUCUGGAUCCUGGAAGCCCUGGAACUCGAACCCGCCGGAAUGCCGCCUGGCGCCUUCACGUUAACCUUCGAGGGAGACCAAAAGUGCUGGGAGAUUUUCCGCACAGUCGUGCAACGCGAUGCUGCAUGGCAAGCCGCAGUCGACCUCUCUCUGAAAAGGCAGAUUCUCCCUUCAUUGUCGUGGGUUACGAGGAGACUAGACGGAUGGGCCCAUAUCGGAAGUCUGAGUAAGUGGCACGUUCUUGAAGGCUUCCCGCAAGCAGUGCAAGAUAUCGUGGCGGGUAAGUCCACUGUCAAGUGCAACUUCGACGUGGGCGAGGCAUGGGACGUGGAGAAACUGGUUGAAGAGAGAAAGGACUGGACAAUGAGCGAUUGGAAAGAACGCUGGAAACGGGGUUUCGGCGUACGUUUCGACCCCGAUCCGCCGUCGCCGAAAUAUCUACACCUCCUCUGCGACAACACAUUCGAAAUGAACGUCCCAAUAGACCCUGCUUCUUUUUAG